CGCCCCUCAGGGCUUUCCCGCCUCGGGGUAACGGCCGCGAGGGCGGCCCCGCCAGUCUCGCGAGAGCAGCGGCCCCGCGAUGGAGGCUGAUAGAGACGAGCGGCUGCGGCGGGAGGCGGCGGAGUACUACCGAGGCCACCGAGUGCCGCAGCGAAUGGAGGAGGCGCUCAACACCCUCUUCCCGCUGCGCCCCGCGGACCUCUACGGGGAUUUGGCUAACUACUUCUCUAAAUUUUCAAAAGCUCCAGUCGUAUGCAAACUAGCUGGAAGAAAAGUUCUUGAUGGAGUUGGUCAACCAACAUUAGAAGUGGAAAUAUAUUGCACAGUGAAAAACCGUGAGAAGAGGAUUUGUUCUGCUAUAAUUUCUUCUCAUUAUCAAAUACCUGAGAAUGCUUUAUCUGAAACAACCGAAGCUGAUGAGAAAGAGAGAAAUGAUUCUGUUACCACUGCUGUGGAAUGGGUGAAUGAAUCUCUAAGCACAAUGAUAAGAGACUGGAAGCCUACUGACCAAUGUGAAAUUGAUAAGAUGCUUGGUGAAUACUUUUCAAAAAAGGAAGAAGAAAAAAAAGGAAUUGAAGAGGAGGAAGAAGAUGACGACACUGUUUCCGUAACUUCUUGUGCUCCAUCAGCAGUGGCACAAUCUGGGCAAAAAAAGGAAGCAAAAACAGGGAAGAAGUCAAGUAUACAGACAACAAUCCCACCUGCAGAACCCAGUGAAUCAGUGCUGUGUGGCAGCUUAGCCAUUGGGGGAACAUCGCUUGCUGUAGCUAAGGCUGGUGCCUCCAUUAAUGGCAUCCCAUUGUACUUACACACUGCACUGCUGAAACGCAGUCAGGAUUCACCUAAAGAAAUGACUUUGCCACUUCCAAUGGUUACUCUGUUGAGCUGUGAAAAAUUUUCACCUUCAAAACUCAAAUUAGUGAAAGAAGUUAUGCUCAUACCACCAGUUCAGUUAUCGCUCAAACAGGGCAUAGAAAGAGCUCUGGACAUUCAAAAAGAGAUGAUGAGACUGCUGGAGCCUGCAGGGAAAGCGCCCAGUCCUCACCUAGCAGACAGUAAGAAAGGCAGAGCACGUCAUAAAGAGAAGCAAGCUCCGCCACCAGCCUUAAAAAGAGUAUCACAUUUAGGCUGCCUAAUAACAGGAUGUGAUAAUCUAGAGCAACCUCUCCUCCUAAUGCAGACAGCUUGCAACAAUAUAGGUCUGGAGCUGGGAAAAGAUUUGUAUUUAGCAAUUAAUUGUGCUGCUCAUGAAUUAAUGGACUACGUGAAAGGAAAAUAUGAAAUACUUACUGGAACAUUCAGAAGCCCUGAUGAAAUGGUCGACACGUACGUGGAACUGGUUAAUAAAUUUCCUUCUAUUAUUGCCUUAGUAGAUCCCUUAAGGAAAGAGGACAGACAGCAAUGGAAUAACUUGUGUCGUGCUCUUGGUUCCAAAUGUUACCUGAUUGCUGAAGAUGCUGCCACAAAUACUUCCAAGCUUAAAACAGACCAGAACAUAAACAUACCGAUGUGCAGUGGUGUUGUCCUAAAAUAUGUUAAUCAAACCAAGGUAUCAGACCUCGUCGAACUGACUGCACGUCUGGAUGGUCAAAGACGUGUUACCAUAUUAGGAAGCCCAGAUGGAGAAUCUUCUGAUGAUAGCCUUGUGGAUCUGGCUGUUGGACUGGGUGCCAGGUUUGUCAAGCUGGGAGGUCUUUCCCGCGGAGAAAGGGUGACCAAAUACAACCGCCUUCUUGCUAUAGAGGAAGAACUGGCCAAGAAUAGAACACUACGGUAUGAUGCAAAUUUUGAAUUUGCUGAUUUUGAUGAAGAAUCACAGCCAGAAAAACAACAGCCUGAAGUCCUUCCUCCCCCACAGCAGGAUUCAGUGCCUUCACAGCUCUCUGUGCCAGCCCUGCAGGGUCACAAGGUGCCUGCUCAGCUCCUGGAGAGCAGCACACUGACCUAAGUUGCCCAAAAUAACUGUCAGGAGACCCUUGCUUUCAGCUGAAACCAAGUUAACUGAACACUGACUGCAGUUUGGAAACACCGCAGAAUUCUAUGCUGUAUUUACAAAUGGACAAAACAAGUACCUCUGUGUUAACUUCAAAACUAAAUGUUUGUUUUGAGACAUCUCUCCACACAAAGAGCAAACUAUUGACAAACAGUAAAAAAAAAAAGGAACAUUUUACAAAAAACAAAGGCCUUGACUGUUAUGCUGCUCCAUCCCCCCCACACAACCCUCAAUGCUGCUCUUAGAUCUGGCCUACAAGGGAAAUGUUGCUCCAGUUCUAGCCAGC